AUGGCAGAGGUAGGGAAGACAAAAGGAGAACUCCCAGAGCAACUGGAUGUCCGAUACAAAUGGCUGGAGGAGAAAUUCAAGGCGCUAGAAAGCGCAGAUUAUCAAUGUGGUAUGGAUGCUAAAGAGUUGAGUUUGGUUCCAGACCUAGUGCUCCCUCUGAAGUUCAAAAUGCCGGAGUUUGAACAAUACAACGGAACCAGUUGCCUUCACAUCACAAUGUUUUGUUGGAGGAUGACUGGUCAUGUCAAUAAUGAUCAGUUGCUCGUUCACUAUUUCCAGGAUAGUCUGAGUGAGGCUGCAUCCAAAUGGUACAAUCAGCUGAGUCGUACCCAAAUUAAAUCGUGGAGAGACCAAGUACAGGCCUUCAUGAAGCAGUAUGGCCAUGUGACGGACAUAGCGCUCGAUCGAAUCAUGCUACAGAACAUUGAGAAAAAGUCAAACGAGAGUUUCAGGCAGUAUGCUCAGAGGUGGAGGGAAGUCGCUACGCAAGUUCAACCACUUCUCUUGGAAAAAGAGACGACUAUGCUUUUCAUCAGCACCUUGAAAGCGCCUUUUAUCAAUCAUAUGUUGGGAGGCAUGACAAAGAGUUUCACGGACAAAGUGAUGUCCGGUGAAAUGAUUGAGAAUGCGAUAAGGAGUGGAAAAAUAGAAGCUGGGGAGAGCAUCAGGAGGUCAGCCCUGAAAAAAAGAGAAAAUAAGGUCGGCAAUAUGAGUAUGGGUCAUGUAAAACCAAUCACAGUUAAUCAACCAAGAACGACGGCCACCGGCCAGCAAGCUUCGUCAAGACAGGAACCCAAUACAAAGCAGAAUACGGAGAAGCCCUAG